CGCAUUUUAACCUAAAAAAUAUUUAGUUUGACAUUUGUCUCGUGAUUGACAUUGAGCAAUCUGGCAAUUUACCAUGAAAUACGAUUUUUUAUUCACUGAUUGCGAAAAUUAAAAUGUUUGAACACUCUGUGAAAGUACCAAGACAUUAUAAAGUUGCAGCGAGUAUUUUUAAGAAGAUAUCCACUGAAGGUGGGAGCUUAAAAUCUUUGUUAUACGACGACAAACUUAAGCACUUUCGAAUUAAUGUGCUUUAUGCACUUAUAAAUGAAACCAUUAAACAUGCCGCUGAUAUAGACAAAAUCUUUGAGAACUCUUGCUUAUUAGACAAAGAGACUCGAUUAGACCCAUGGCUAGCCAAAGUUUUGACCGCCGAACUGCUGUUUGGCAAAAAAACCCUUCCUGGCAAAAGCAAACCUGAACAAACAAUCUUAACUUACAAAGACCAGUUUGAGAAGUACACUAGCGACCAUCAAGACGACUUGAAGACUGAAGUUGUCCGCAGGCCCCGGUAUGUUCGCGUCAACACCAACUUAUUGACGACAUCAGACGCCAUCAGAGCAUUCCAAGAUGAAGGCUACAGAUUCAUCCGGUGCACCUCCGGCUCAUACGACGACUAUCUGAAGCAAAUACAGCAGCUCACUGAAUAUGACUUCACACAAGACUACCACGUGAAGACAAUGUUUGUGUUCGCUUCAAAUACAAAGCUGCACGAACAUGAGUUGUAUUUGGAGAGCCAAAUUGUUCUGCAAGAUAAGGCCACAGCGCUGCCCGUUCAUUUGCUGGCGCCUCCACCUGGGAGCUGUGUCCUGGACAUGUGUGCUGCGCCCGGCAUGAAGACCACUCAGCUAGCUGCUUAUAUGAGGAAUCAGGGACGAGUAUACGCCGUAGAGAGAGACACAAGGCGAUACCAGACGUUAUGCGACUUCGUCAAGAAAACCGACUCCAAAUGCGUGGAAACCAUGAAUAAAGAUUGCCUCGAGAUAAAGAGGGGAGAUUUGGACGACGUGGAGUACAUAUUGCUGGACCCCAGUUGUACUGGAUCAGGUAUGGAGAUCAGCGUCCAUAACUACGUGGAGCCCGCCAGACUUGCAAAGCUGACGUCACUCCAAGAGAAGUUCCUAAAACAUGCCAUGAACUCAUUCCCCAAUGCCAAGAGAAUCGUCUACAGCACUUGCUCCAUCUACCCUGAAGAAAACGAACGAGCAGUCAGCAACGCAGUCAAGAAUUCACGAAGCAAUUGGAAAGUCCUCGAUGCUAAGGAGCUGAUGAAAGGUCAGUGGAACAACUUUGGUUCAGGCAUGUACGGUGUAAUUGGCACGAAAUGUCUCUACGCCAGACCAGACUCGGAUUUCACUACGGGAUUCUUCUUAGCUGUGCUGGAAAGGGGUCAAAAAGGUUCGGAAAACUCGAAUAAAGAAAAAGUUAAAUCUAAUAAAAACGCCGAUUCUAAAUCCACAAUUGAAGAGGAAGAUAAUUGCGAGAAUACAUCGAAAACAGUUACUGAUGAAGAAGGACAAAAAAGUGAAAAUCCUUCGAAAAAGAAGAAAAAGAAAAAUACACAAGCUCACAGUGAAAUGGCGGAGAGUCUUCAAGAAGAAGAAAUCAACGCCGAAGAUAACACCAAGAAAAAGAAGAAAAAACAUAAAAGCAAUGACGUUGAUGAAUCACCAACAUAUGAAAAUGCUGAAAAUCUUACUACAACAGAUGGAACUGAUACAAUGACUUCUAAAAAGAAGAAAAAGAAAAAAGACAAAAACCGUGAACAAGAUGAAAAUGCUGUUACAGAAGCUCAAGCAGCUGACGAUGUUAAAAAGAAGAAAAAGAAAAGAAAACUAGAAGAAGUAGAUGAACAAAGCUCACAAGAUAAUUUAGAAGUCUCAGAAAUCGAAGAGGUACAAAAGAAAAAGAAGAAAAAACGUAACAAAAACAAUGAAAUUGAAACGUAAGUUUCGUUACUUAUUUUUUUACUUUGUUUUAUAAAUAAAUAAAACGAGUUUGAAUUAUAA